GAUACCCCCUUCAAGCUUCCAUUGAAGAGAUGCUCUGUGGUGGGAAAUGGUGGGAUUCUGAAGAACAGCCGCUGCGGGGAGCAAAUAGAUGAAGCGGACUUUGUUAUGCGGUGCAACCUGCCACCCCUCUCCCGGGAGUACACAGAGGAUGUCGGAACCAGAACCCAACUCGUCACAGUGAAUCCCUCAAUUAUCGAUAAAAGGUACCAGAACCUGUUGUGGUCCAGGAAGUCGUUUGUGGAGAACCUGAGGGUGUACCAGCAGAGCUACGUGUAUAUGCCAGCCUUCUCCACCAAGAGAGGAACCGACCCUUCCCUCCGGGUCUACUACACCCUGGCAGACUUCGGUACCAAUCAGACGGUUCUGUUCGCCAACCCCAACUUUCUGCGCAACGUGGGCAAGUUCUGGAAGAGCAGAGGGAUCCACUCCAAACGCCUCUCCACGGGGCUCUUCAUGGUCAGCGCCGCCCUGUCCCUGUGCGAGGAAGUGACGAUCUAUGGGUUCUGGCCGUUCCAGAUGGACCUGGGGGGCCGCUACAUCAGCCAUCACUAUUACGAUAACACGUUGCCUUUAUCGGGGGUGCACGCUAUGCCCGAGGAGUUCCUCCAGCUGUGGCUCCUACAUAAAAGCGGGGUGCUACAGAUGCAGCUGGACCAGUGCAAGAAGGACGUCUCUUCCCAAAAGCCCCACUGAAAGGGGAAACGGGGGGCAGAGGAUUGGGAUUUGGGGGGGUUUAAGAACAUUGGGAAACUCAUGGGCGUGGCCUGCGAUGGACGAGACCUCGGGGGCGUGUCCGUGCCAAACGCGCUCGAUACCUUUCCUGCAGGGAGUUGUACAGUAACGAACAUUUUUGUAAUUAUUUUGAAUGUGAAAAAACUGAAU